CCAUGGAACCUAAGAAAAAGUCUAACCAAAUUUUUGAAUAUUUCGAUAAUACUCUCCAGGAUUUUUGUAGAGAAACUGCAUUGCAUGCAUUAAAAUAUAUUGGCAAUCGAAGUCUUCAAUUAUGGGAGAGGUCAGUAUAAUUCGUUAUUUUUCUUGAUUUUGAGCAAACACUAACAAGAAACUUCAGACUUUUAUUUCUAACUGCUCUUUUGGUAUCUGUGGGUGUCUUGACUCAACUUAUAAGGAAUACAUACAUGUCCUGGCAAAAUACUCCUGUAAUAAUUGGAAUAAGUCCACAUCCAGCUUAUAUUCAUAAGAUUCCAUUUCCUGCCAUAACAGUUUGCAAUAUGAAUCAAGUUAUCAAAGGACGAGUUGAACAUUACAAGGAAAAGGAUCCAGAUCCAAUACCUUAUGGUCUUCUUCAAAUGAUCUGCCUUCGAGACGAUACAAAUUUUAGCCAGUACAAGACUUUGCCCCAGCCAGAAACCCAAUUGUUCUCGGAUUUUAUUUCGCAUCACGUUCAAGAUUGUGAAGGAAUGAUGAGAUCCUGUCGCAUGGGUGGAAUUUAUCAAAAUUGUUCUGAUUUUUUCCGUCCAGUCUUAACUGAUGAAGGACUUUGUUGCUUAUUUAAUUCUGUACAUCCAUCAUUUUUGUACAAAAAAGAUCCCUAUCCAAAUCUUCGUGACUUGACGGCAACUGAUGGAAGAGUACCAGUUUAUUGGAAUCCAGAAACUGGCUAUCAACAAAAUCUUCCACCAAAAUACUAUCCAAGGGUUGCUUCUGGAACUGGGUUUUCAAUGGCACUUUCAAUAAUGUUUGAUGCAGAAAUGAACGAUUAUUAUUGUUCUUCAACAAUGGGUCCUGGAUUUAAGAUUGUUCUUCACAAUCCAAUCGAAACUCCAUUUGUCAAAGAAACUGGUCUGCCCGUUCAGCUUGGCUAUGAAACAAAGUUCCGUUUAGAGGCUGUACAAACCGAAGCCUCAGAUGAUAUGCGAGGCUUACGUCAGCGAGACCGUCAAUGUCACUUUAAUUCUGACAGUAAACUGCAUUACUACUUGCAAUACUCCCAUCGUAACUGUGAACGUGAGUGUGAUUCGCAGUUGUAUUUCAAAUACUGCGGAUGUGUUCCAUAUCAUUUGCCUCAGAUGUUUCCAAACGUAUCCGAAUGCAGACUAAAAGAUUUCGCCUGCCUAACCUCAAUCAAAGACACUUCAAUUGUUGUUAAGGACAAAUGCAAAACAAAAUGUCUACCAGGAUGUUUUGAUUUGACCUACAAAGCAACAACUUUUGCUGCUCCACUUACAAUGGGUGGAUAUGCAGUUAAUUUUUUGAACGCUGAAAAUGGUAAGAAUUUUUCAAACGAAUACAUCAAAGAGAAUAUUGCUGUGGUGCAUUUUUAUUAUGAAGAAAAUGUUUAUCAUGGAAAUAUGCGAUAUAGUUUUAUUGGAUUGACACAGUUUUUAUCAAGUACGGGUGGUCUUCUUGGACUUUUUACUGGAUUCAGUUUGAUAUCAGUUGUUGAAGUUUUCUAUUAUUUAAUUUUAAGACCGAUUCGAGAUAUAUUGACAAGGAAGAAAAAGAAAACGGAUAAUUAUUUGAAGCCCAGAUUGGUUCAAGUUCGAUCAUCUUUGAUAGAUAACAGAAAUAUCAAAAAUGUCGGAAGAUUAGCUGAUGUAGCUCAUUUUAAAUCAAAACUUUCACACCAUUCAUUUGACGGUCGAGAUAGAGAUAACUUUCAAUAUCGUCAGUAAGAUUAUUUUUCUAAGCUUUAUAAAACUUGUUUAAUCAAGCUACAGUUUAGAAAACGCGCAAGUUUUUGAAUAAUAUUAAAAAGAAGGAUUCAAUCAGUUUUAGAAACAUCAGAGAAGAAGACACGACCUGAUUUAUAAGAUUGAUGUGACACGGAGGCAUACAAAUAAUAUUAAAAUUAUAUUUCUAUGUUUUCUUUAAUGUUAACUUAUUAAUGUUAUCAGAAAUAAAGGAAAUCUGUUAUUCGU